CCUCGACAAGCAAAUGAACUCGCUCUUGACCUUGCAACACAUUGUCCAAACCAAACACACUUCACCAUGUCUGCUUAAUUCCUGUACCGUAGACGACAUGAUCUUCGACCUCGGCAGCACCACCUACAGUCGUUUCUCUGUUCCUUGAUCUUCCAUUCGAGGCCAUGACUUCCUCAUCACCCAGUCAUGGCCUCUCGCCUGCCUCUAUCGAAACCAUCGCAGGCCUGACUGCUGGUCUGGUGUCAACCAUCAUUGUUCAUCCGCUGGACAUCAUAAAGACAAGAUUGCAGGUCGACACCUCCGCCCAUCCUCUGCUCAACUCCUCCCGCGCCGUCUUCCGUGAUAUCUUGCGGAAUGAGGGUCCGAGUCGCAUUGCAGCCUUGUACCGUGGCUUGACCCCGAAUCUCGUCGGCAACUCUGCAGGUUGGGCAUUAUACUUCUUGUGGUACCGUGAAGGUCAAGAUGUCGUUCGUAAAUUGCGAGGGUACACACCUGAUCAGCAACUCACAUCGCUCGACUAUCUGUCUGCGUCCGCUGGCGCCGGAAUGCUGUCUGCAAUACUGACGAAUCCAAUCUGGGUGAUCAAGACACGGAUGCUAUCGACGUCGGCUUCUCAAGCUGGUGCAUAUCCUGGCAUGAUAUCAGGCCUGCAUACAAUCAUCAAAACAGAAGGGAUUCGAGGGCUCUUUCAUGGCAUGACACCUUCUCUUUUCGGAGUCAGUCAUGGAGCGCUGUAUUUUGUGGCAUAUGAGAAGUUGAAACUACGCCGCAGACAGACGAAGAAGGAUCAACCACUCUCCAAUGCUGACACGCUGAUCGCUUCGUCUAUGUCAAAGAUCUUUGCUGGAGUUGUGACCUACCCACAUCAAGUGGUGCGUGCACGACUGCAGACGUAUACUGCCAACGAUGGCACCCAAAUCAGAAGACCCGGUGUGAUGGGCCUGAUCAAGCGGAUUUGGCACAACGAAGGCGUUGUGGGCUUCUACAAGGGCCUUUUCCCUAACCUUCUCCGUGUCGUUCCGAGCACUUGCGUCACAUUCCUGGUGUAUGAAAAUGCUCGAUGGAGCUUACCGCGGAUAUUUGGAUCACAAGACGAUGUUACUGCAUUAGGGGUGGCCGGAAACAGAAAGGGCUCUUUGUAGUGCAAAAUGAGCUGAUAUUGCCUACUGCGCAUCUCAUGCCAGCAAUAGGCAUUCUGUCAUCGUGACGGAGAGGAAUCUGAUGCGGAUCAGUGAUGUGCUGGGGACACAAGGAUGCGCGCAAGAAUGUUGUGAGAGAAUUGUUCGGUCAAGCUAUUCCUUGACGGCUGCCUCGGCGUAUGGGAUCGGCAGCCACUGCAAGCCGGCUGAAGUCACCACUCGCAUCUCGAAACAACGGAUGAUAGUCUUCCCUCGAAAGGCAUCUUGUUCUCCUUGGAAGGACUUGCAGGCUUGUAUGGCAUGGCCUUGUCAGCAGUCUCGUCUCUCCACUCAGACCUCAAUAAUACUCCACUCGAUGUGCAUGAAUCACUAGAGGGCUAAGGUCUAGCUCCUCUCUCUACUCGAUAGCUGCCAGAAGGGUGUCAAAACGAAGUCAACAUUGCCGACGGUAUUGGGUCCCAAGAGCACAGAAUCGGUGCGUCGGACUGAGAAGCCGUGGCUUGCCCGGCCUGUCUCUGGCUUGAGUUGCGUUCCUGCAGCUCAUCCAUGUCGAAGGAUGCCCGAAGAUUCUAGCUGCAGCAACAGAAGAAAAGUCACUUGCCAGAUGAACAGCGCCCACUCCAUCGAUCCGAACAGCCUGCUCCCACGCGCGGUGGUGAUUGGUUGUGUACACCCUGUAGCUCGACACUAUUGACUUUCAAGCGACCUUCUGGAAAACUUCUAGCGGAUUUCUAGCCUGUCUCCACAUGGCCUGCGACAUGCAGAAAAACGGAGCCAGAUGCAACAUCAGCAUUUACAUCAGCUUUCACGAGUUCGAGUAGCUUCCGCCAGCAUACAACCCGAUCGACGCUCAUUUCAAUUCCUGCGUGGGUGCCUGGUCACGGAAUCGCUUGCACGCCGUCAUACAGACAAAACAUCGUUUCUCAGGCCCCCAUUGUCGGUCCUUCCUUCGAUCGACUCUUAUUCCCUCACCAAAGGUCGAUGGCUAACAGCCCAGACCAUUCUCGAAGCCUUCCUUUCCAGGAUAUAGUCAGAGUGAUUCCGCGGAAUAAGACUAAGCACAUGAUCUGACGGCACACUGUCACCGUCGGUGUCCUGCCAUGAUCCGCUAACGUGUGAUUCUGGGCCGUGGCGUCCCCUGGCCAGCCACAGCCACAUUCUCGUCCUCCAGCAAGGACGUCACAAAACUGUGUCUCAGGGGUUGUGCUGUCUCCAUCGGGCUGCACAAGAUCCCUGGAACGCAGGAUUUAUUCCUCGAGAAAGUUAGAGAAAUACUUGCUACUACUCUGCCUGACCAUCUCUCACCACGGGCUCCACAAAAUCCUGUAAGGAUCCCAGAAGACCUUGAGCUUUCUUAGCUCUUCAAGCUUCUGUCCGCUGUACAGCUCCCCGAGGUCCAUCCCAGGCCGCAGAUUAUUCGCAAUGCACCGCACUUGGCCAGAUGAAUUGCGCCUCAUAAUCUUCAAGAACUCGUCUCCGAACUGCUCUAUUGGCCCCCUGGUCUCCUCGGAAGCGCACCAACACAUGGCAUUGGCCAGCAUGCCUUGAUUGCGAUGUUCAAAGAACUUUCCACGACCGACAUCUGUUUGACCGUGGUCGCUGGUCACCUUUGUGUCCCACUUAUUGAAUACCAACGACGUAGGACGAGCAUCUUCGUAUUGCUCACCCAGUCGGAGCCAUCUAUGAAAGCCUGUCACAAUGGUUUCGACGUCGAUAGUGUCCAACAAGGUGCUCGAGAAGCUCUUGUAAUCGCCGUGUGCACUUAGCGGCUUUAAUGCCAAGUUAGCGUCAGCAAAGGGGACGAGAUCUGUUCUUGCGCUCAGAGCCUGGCUGAUGAGAUCGUCGGCAAAAAGAGCUGACGCUACUUCUUCACCCUCUUCACUAGGCCCGAAAUACGAGCCGGUGAUCAUAAUCAGAGGAGCUCCAGGAGUCUGUGCGUUGGGCGGAGAUCUGAGGCAGAUCAUACUGACGCUCAGAGGUUGUGGGAGUUGUUGCAUGCUCACAAAAGUGCGACUAGCCAUGAGGAUUGCAGAAGCUGGGAGUACGACUCUGCGGGUCCAGAUGCUGUUGUCCGUCAAGCGAAGGCGUGAGAUGCGGAAGGCCUUCAUGACCACCGACGUAAUGACGGCAAGUCCGAACCCGGCGCCGCACAAAGCGUUGAAUAGCGUUCGUUCGUUGCCCUCGGAAGACGGGCUGAUCUCGAGCCUGACGCCGUCUGUUGUGAUCAACUGCAUCGACUCUACAGCAUCAAUCAUGAAGCCGUGCAAGCCGUUCAUCGUGUCUGACCCGCCACCAAGGAGACACCCGACAUAUCCCACAGCAUCCGAGUUAGGCCAUAGGGUAUAGUAGCCUUGAGCUGUUGUACCCUUGAUAACUUCGCCGGUCGAGGCACCGCCACCGAUCCGGACCGUGUCCGCGGACUGGUCAACUGUGACUCCAUUGAAAUUUGUCAUAUCAAGAUAUAAAGUGUUGGAGGUGACGGGCACGAAAGGGGCAUGACUACCAUUUGCAGUCACAAGCGUAAGACUGUUGUCCUUUGCAUAUUUGAUGGCGUCAACGAUGUCAGCCUCAGAGUCAGGCUUCACCACUAUUGCUGGAAGGUCUAUGUAGGUGUCGGACCACCGUGAUACGACGUCGUGCAAAGCUUGACCGCCAUUGGGGAUGACUACCUGACAUGUGAAGUUGUGAGUUGAGACCAUCUUGGGUGGCUACCGGGUAGGAUGGUAUCGGCGAGUGAGCAGGCGCUCCGGAUGGAUCUUAUAAGCAUGGGAGGCCUGAAGUAGAUUGGAGUGGUAGAAGGAUUCGUUUGUGUCUACGGCGACAUUAAGUAAGCCACCCUUGUGCCGGCAGCUCUUUGGCCCGUGAGUGGAAAUUCCGACCAACAUGAGAAACAUCAGCAUUUGAAAUCAAGGACAGCACGCAGAAAAUAGGGAUAUCACAAAGAGGAUGACUUAACUCCAUCUGACUGGUAGACGU